CCUCUCCUCAGUACCCGCCUUUUCCAGUCGUCUCUACUCUCUCGUCUGCGCUCUCUCUCUCUCUCUCUCUCUCUCUCUCUCUCUCUCUUUGCAUCUAAGCUGUAAAACCGCCAUGAUAAUACCUGAAGACGAUCCCGUUAACCUGGCAAACCAGCUUCUCCAGACGCUGCUAGAAUCCACACCAAACACACAAAACUUCCGGGGCAAAUGGUCUCUGAUCGGAGCCAAAGUCGCCCACCUCAAAACCCAGCUCGCCGACCUCUCCGACUUCCCUUCUUUCCCGACCAACGCUCUCUCUCUCGAGCUCCUCCGCUCCCUCACCCAAACCCUCUACGAAGCCAUCUCCCUCUGCAAAACCUGCCAGACCAAGAAUCUCCCCAGCGGCAAGCUCAAGACGCAAAACGACGUCGACUCGGUAUCCGCCCGCCUCGACUCUCACGUCAGCGACGCCGAGGUUCUGAUCAAGAGCGGAGUCCUGCAAGACGGCGUCGUUUCUGGAUCGAAGAGAGAGUUGGUGAGGGUGGAGGCGAGGAAUCUGGUGACUCGGUUGCAGAUUGGGACGGCCGAGUCGAGGAACACGGCGCUGGACUCGGUGCUGAGUCUUCUCCAGGAAGAUGACAAGAAUGUGCUGAUCGCGGUGGCCCAGGGCGUGGUUCCGGUGCUCGUGCGGUUGCUGGACUCGAGCUCCUCGCCGGAGAUCAAGGAGAAGACGGUGACCGCCAUUGCUAGGGUUUCGACCGUCGAUUCGAGCAAGCACGUGCUCGUAGCCGAGGGCUUGCUGCUUCUAAACAACCUGCUUCGCGUUCUCGAAUCGGGAAGCGGAUUCGCCAAGGAGAAAGCGUGUGUUUCGCUCCUAGCGCUGAGCCAAUCGAAGGAGAACGCCAGGGCGAUCGGCUCCAGAGGCGGAAUCUCGGCUCUGCUCGAGAUUUGCCAGGCCGGAACGCCGAGUUCGCAGGCCGUCGCCGCCGGCGUUCUGCGCAAUCUCGCGGCGUUUCCGGAAAUCAAAGAGAAUUUCAUCGAAGAGAGCGCCGUGUCGACGCUGCUUUCUCUCGCCGCCUCGGGAACCACCUCGGCGCAGGAGAACUCGAUCGGAUGUUUGUCCAAUCUGGUAUUGGACGACGUUCAGCUGAAGCUAUUGAUCGCCAGGGAAGGCGGAAUCGAGAGCCUAAAGAGCUUCUGGGACUCCGCUCCGACCGCUCGGAGUCUCGAGGCCGCCGUCGAUUUGCUAAAACAGCUCUCGUCGUGCCCUCCGAUCGCCGAAGUCAUUGUCUCCGACGGAUUCAUCAACCGGCUUGUAUCCGUCCUAAAUUGCGCGGUAUUAGGCGCCAGAAUCGCAGCUGCUAGGGCUGUUUACGAGCUCGGAUUCAACACAAAGACUCGGAAAGAAUUAGGCGAAUGCGGGAGCAUUCCUCCAUUGGUGAGAAUGAUGGAAGGAAAGGCGGCGGAGGAGAAAGAAGCGGCGGCAAAGGCAUUGUCGGCGCUUCUGGUUUACGCCGGCAACCGGCGGAUUUUCAGAAAGGAAGAGAAGGGAAUCGUCAGCGCCGUUCAGCUUCUGGACCCUCUGGUUCAGAAUUUGGACAAGAAGUAUCCGGUCGCCGUAUUGGCCUUGCUCGUCCACUCCAAGACGUGCCGGAAACAGAUGAUCGCCGCCGGCGCUUAUCUCCAUUUGCAGAAACUCGCCGAGAUUGAGGUCGAGGGGGCCAAGAAGGUUCUGGAAAGCCUCGGCCGGGGCAAGCUUUGGGGCGUAUUUGCCAGACCUUAGCCAUGAAAAUGGCGGAUUUCGAUCUGUAUGUAUUAGACUCUGUUUUUCUUUUCUCACCUUUGUCUUCGUAAUUUGUUCAUAAUUGCUCUUAGAAUUUGUGGUAGGAAAGUACAUGUUAGCUUUGAAAGUUUCUGUUUUGGAGAUUGAAUCUCUCAGUUUUCAUGUUCUUCUACCAAAACCCAAUAAUUCAAUCAUAUGAUUUCUUUCUUGACUGUCAUAGAUCUCAUUUGCAAUGGGUUCCAAAACUAGGAGUUUCUUUUUGCUACUCAAUUGCUAGCAAAUGUGCUUGAUUGCUCUUCUUGAUUGGGUGCUCCUUUCGAGCAACAAUUGACACGAUAGCAAGAGAUUAUAGCCGCGAUAUCUCUGUAUUCAGGUCUAAAUUUCUUUGGUACUAGUCCCCGGAUAGACUUUUCCCCCAUUUUCUUGGGAAUUUGUUCACAAUUGCUGUUCGAAUCUGUGGUAGGAAAGUAGGAGAUGUCAGCUGUGAAAGUUUUCUGUUUUCAUGUUCUUCCACCGAAACCCAAUAAAUCAAUCAUGAUCUCUCUUCUUGAAG